GCCGGCCGCGGCAAGAUGCGCAACCGCCGCUACGUUGCUCGCCGUGGCCCUAUGCUGGUGAUGCCGGACAACAAGGGCACACGCGCCUUCCGCAACAUCUUUGGCCUGGACCUGGCGAACGUGAACGCGCUGAACCUGCUGCACCUCGCCCCAGGUGGCCACGUUGGUCGCUUCGUUGUCUGGACGAAGGGCGCAUUCGAGAAGCUUGACAGCAUCUUUGGCACCUUCACGAAGGCCUCCAUGGUGAAGAAGGGCUUCAUGCUGCCCGCCCCGAUGCUGACGAACACCGACGUGACGCGCAUUAUGCAGUCCGAGGAGGUUCGCCGCGUGCUGAAGCCGAAGAAGCUCCAGCCGAAGAAGGCGAGCCGGCUCACCCAGCCUACAAACGGCUUCCGCAACCGCCGCCUGCGCCUGCGCCUGAAUCCUUUCCAGAAGAAGGAGUCGUCGAUGUUGAGGGGCCUGCGCAAUCGCAAGAACCGCGAAGUCCGCCACAAGUCCAAGGCUGUGCGCAUUGCGAAGGCCAAGAAGGCCAUUGCCGGCGGCGCCAAGAAGAAGUAA